AAGAAAACCUGUUUCUGAAAGAGUUUACAUUGUGGAAUUGAAUGAAUCAAUUACUUUGUUACAAGCACCCCCCUGUUUAUCAAUUCUCUUCCUGGAAUGUCGGAUAAAGAUAGACUAUAUGAAAUGUAUUAUGGGUGUUUAUUAAUUCUCUUCCUGGAAUGUCGGAUAAAGAUAGACUAUAUGAAAUGUAUUAUGGGUCGAUGUGUACGGUGUACUCUAGAAUGUGAAGGAUUGUUGUAUAUAGGAGCACAGUCUCCUGAUCACCUUCAGUUUAGAUUUAAACAAGGGGAAAAUAUUCAUCAAAAUGAAGAAAAGGGAUUCUGAGGGAGGACAUGCAGUGUCGGCCAUGUCCGUUUCGUCUAGUAACUCCCGCGGUUCCGAGCGCCGGAGACUAAGCCGGUUUUCACUCAGGCGACUAUUUUAUCCAGGGGUUAGAACGGGAAAAUCCAAAUCCAGGAUCAGUUUGGACUCAGACUCUGGUAAAUCAGAGAUGAGCUUAAGUCCGGCUUCAUCAGAACGAGAACCAGCACGUCCAGUUCACCUUGUGAACCAGACUGUUCCAGAGGUGGAGCAUCUGUCAUUAAAGAAAUCGGUUUCAGGAAUGAGAGAGUGUCCUCUUUGUUUAAUUGAACGACCUGUUGAGGACUUCCCAGAUAUCAUGACGUGUCAUCAUCGGUCUUGUAGCACUUGCCUGCAGACAUAUCUAAAAAUAGAAAUCACAGAGAGCAGAAUUAAUAUCUCCUGUCCGGAAUGUGCAGAGAAAUUUCAUCCAAAUGACAUCCGGAAUAUUCUCCAGAACCAGAGUCUAAUGGACAAGUAUGAAGACUUCAUGGUCCGGCGAGUUCUUGUUUCUGAUCCUGACGCACGCUGGUGUCCAGCCCCAGACUGUGGAUACGCUGUUAUCGCCACAGGGUGUGCAGGGUGCCCCAAAAUUAAGUGCGAACGUGCGGGAUGUGACACAUAUUUCUGUUACCACUGUAAACAACACUGGCAUCCGAACAAGACGUGCGACGCAGCAAGGGCAGAAAGAUCACCCAACAUGCGCUCAGCCUCUGUCGGUUAUGGCCCCGAUUCAGAGUUACAAAACAAGGACGACAUCAAGCCUUGUCCAAGGUGCGGGGCAUUCAUCAUGAAGAUGAACGAUGGCUCUUGUAAUCACAUGGCCUGCCCGGUGUGUGGUGCUGAGUUCUGCUGGCUGUGUAUGAAGGAAAUCUCGGACUUACAUUAUCUAAGUCCCUCUGGCUGUACAUUUUGGGGGAAGAAGCCGUGGAGCAGGAAGAAGAAGAUCUUAUGGCAGUUGGGGACCCUGGUUGGGGCUCCAGUUGGGAUCACUUUGAUUGCAGGAAUCGCUGUACCAGCUAUGAUCAUUGGCAUUCCGGUGUGGGUCGGGAGGAAGAUAUACUCCAAGUAUGAACUGGUGUACACAUCAAAACAUAAACGUAAUUUGGCUAUCACGGGGGGCGUGGCAGCCUCAAUCAUCGUGGCUCCGGUGGUGGCAGGGCUCACUGUGGCAAUAGGUGUUCCCAUCCUUCUGGCCUAUGUCUAUGGGGUUGUACCAAUCUCCCUCUGUAGAAGUGGAGGAUGUGGGGUCACGACCUCAGGGAAGGGUGGAGUCCGGUUUGAAUUCGAUGAAGAUAAUGACACUGCAGGGACCAAUGGACAACAUUUAGAUAAUCAAAGCGUGGGGACGGGUCAUAAUGUGGCCAAUCCCAGCAUUGGCCCAAGUAUCGGGGACGCUUCAUUAGGGAUGACCAGUAGUCUCAGUGCCAGCGGGAGCCACAUGGAGAGGAUAGGGAUCAUUCGGGACGAGGGUGACACCGCCAGCACAAGGGCUAUCGGGGGGCUCAGUCUCAACGGCAGUAUAUGUGAAGGGGCCUCUCUCAUUAGUGCUUUCCAAUCAAAACUUGAAGUUCAGGCGGAUGUUUCAUCAAAUCUACAGAAGAGGAACAGUUUCAGCAGUGGCUCGGCUAACUUCAGUAUUGGGGAGAAAUCAGGGACUGUGUCUAUAGGGGAUAAUGCCAGUACAAAGGCCCUAGCUGGAUCUAUAGCGGGGUACAGGGACAAAGACAACACCUCUAUUGGGACGUCUCCAUAUGAAGUGCAAGUCGAUGUGGAUCCUCCUCAGACUCCGAGUUCUGAGGACUACACUGAGAGAAACGUCCCCGAGAAGCCUCGCAAUCAGUCAGGUCAAAGUUCACCAGUGUCGGGGUGCAGUGUGCGUUUUACUUCCAUGGAUGAUCACAAGCAUAAGUGUCGACGUUGUAAGCGUUCAGUAGCCAGUGACCGUGGGUCAGAGCAGCAAAGUGUACACUUCUCAGAUCGUGUCAGUUUACAGAAUUUUCAAACAGAUGAAAUUGUUUCCCAGAGUUUGAACGAGAACUUGGAGGAGAUGGAUUUAAAUGAAGAGUCUGUGUUCGAGCCGGUUAAUAACCCUAUAUUUAAAGAAGUCAUUUGUGGUAAGACACCUGAGACUUUUAACGAUCACUCUUCUGCUUUUGAGAAAGCUCUAGCAGCAUCAUUACCGGAGGUAGAAAGUGAUAAACCGGUUCUGAAGGAGACGGAAACGGCACGCAAGGCAGUGUCAACCACUGCUCUGAUCACACAGCUAGACUUCAAAGGCAUGGAGAAUCAUCGCAAUCUGAGCAAAAGUAAAAGUCAUGAAGACUGUGCUAUGGCCAAACAAAAAAACAAAAGAGGAAGGGUCCGACAUCACAGCUGUGAAAUUGCCAUGGACUCGGGACGCAUCUCUCCCUCGUUGCUGGUCAAUCAGGAACGAUCAGUGCUGUGACAGUCUCUCUGUGUGUCAGUUUCUCACUUCAUCAGCACAACAUAACGCCAUUAAUGCUCGCUCAUCGUAUAACUGUUUAUAUUAAUAUAGUCAUAGGUUGUUUAUUUACAUACUUAAGAUAUUCUUGACUUAAUGCAAUGCAGUAACGUACUACAUUUUUCGUUUUGUUAAUCUAGUUAUUAUGUUACUUUAUUUAUAAUUUUUGCAAAUUACUAAAAAGUUGUGCCUUUUAAAAUACCCAGAGCAGAAAGAUCAUAAGCCUCAGCGUAUAAUAUUGAUAGUUUACUGGGAAUGAUGAACAAUACAUUAACAUUGAAAAAAAAAGAGAGGCUAUUUUGAAAUUGACAAGAUGAAUGUUUGUAAGGCAUAGACAGAAUGCUUCAGUGUAUUUGGUCAUUAGAGUUCAGUUUUCUGUAAUGAAACCAACAAGACUAGAAGAACAGAUUUGAUUUGUCAAAAUAGCAUGUUUCUGCACUGGGUGUUUUAAGGGUGUCGUGUUGGUGCUCGAUUUUCAUUAUUAUUUUUUUCUUUUUCUCAUUUGCUCAUUGCCAUAUUAAAACAAUGAGGAUAAGUCUUUGUGAUAGCUAUCAGAUCUAUGAUGUUGCAAGUUGUUUGGAAUUUAUUUUGUACAAAUUUGUUUUGUUUGGAUAAAUGUUGUUUUUAAUAUUGUGGUACGCUGUGUGUGUGUGUGUGUGGCAAAUCAAGUGGAAUUUUUUUACUCCCUUUUUUUAAUCUCUGUGAAAGCAUUUUUGAAAAUCCAGUGAUUUGGAUAUUAUUUUCUUAUCUAGACAAUGGAGUUGUUACAUGUACCCUGUCUAUAUUCAGAUGCUUCAAUUAAUGCACUUUUGUUAUGUGUCAAGGUGUUUUUAAAUUUACUCUUAAUUUAAGUAAUGCAGUUAGUGCCUUCAUAGAGAAAUAGACUUUCAACCACACUCAUAAUAAGCCUGUGUAACCUACAUGCAUACCAUAUAGUUAAAUUUAAUGAUAUAUUUAUUCGGUCCUGUGUGCUGAAUUCAUGCAAUUCCUUUUAUCUGAUAGCAAGAGAAAAGGUACAGAUAUAAAUACAUGUAUACUGUAGGGAACAGUCUCUUACUCCACAUCUUAUUCACACUAAAUCUUGUUCACGUUAAGUCUUCUCCACACGAAAUCUUGUUCAUGUUCAAUCUUGUUCACAUGAAAUCUUAUUCACACAAUGUUUAGUGUACCCAGAUAUUUCAAGACUUUCUUGCAAAAGAAAAAAAAAAUCCUUUGGAGAUGUAAAAAAAAAUUUAUGUAUGUCAAGUUUCAACUUCCUUAUUUUACUAAAACCACUAGUAAAUGAUACUUUUAUCAGUAAAUGGACCAUGUUAGCUUUAAUGAUAGUGCUUGCUUUAUCAUAUAAAAUAUGUCAGCAAGUAUUCAAUAUACGCUUAUCCAGCAGCACUCUCAUGACCAUAAGAACAAAUUCGGUGCACGUUAGAAUUUUGAGAAAGGCCGGUGAACCAGAGAGAAGGGAACAGUGUCUACUCCACUUUUCUGAGAUUUUCAGUGGUUGAAUGUAAAAAUCUUUUGCCUUAUUUACCAAGUGAUUUGUGGUGCUUCCGACAUCUAUACAAUGGAAAAUAUCAAUGAGUUUGUUAGAUAUUUGUGUUGGUUGUUUUAGUCCAAAAAAAAAAUCUUAAAUAAUUUCAUGACAGGGACUUCUACCACCAAAAGAUGGGCCAAAAUAUUUGACAGGAUUUUAGCUGACAGAAGGGUGUAGAUUUGUUAGUUCAGAAUUACAUGAUACUUUUCCUCUUUGUCACAAGUGUCAUCAGCUUUUGGUGAACAAUUUAUGAUAAACAUCAACUUUUGGUGAACUCAGCUGAUGUUGUUUUAUGUUUACGUUUGUUGUUACUGUUGUCGAAAAUCUCUUUUUAGUUCCAUGAUACAUUUUCCUCGAUUUUUCUGAUAGUAUGUACAUAAGUUGGAAGUUGUAUGGAAAUCAGAUAUUUAUUUUGGAUAUUUUCAGUGACGGACUCUGUCAAGGUGUGCAAUAUUUUGAUGACUAAGUCAUUCAUUUAGACAAGACAACUUGUGCUUCACAUUCCAACAUAAAGACCAAAACGAGCCCUGAGAACAUAACUGUAAACAAAGUGGGUGUGUCUUGUCUCUCUCUAUCACGCACGUGUUAUGAUAUAUAGAGCUUACUAUGUCAGCUAGUUAGUCAGUCGAUGCUAUUUCAUGUGUUUUGGAUAUUUGUCUUACUAAAUUAACCAGCUGUUGAAUUUCGAAGUAUAUAUGUGCAACAUGUCAAAGACAGAAAUGUUUGCAAUGUGAAUAUAUUAGAAAUUAAUAUUUUGAAAACUCAUGAACAAAAUACAGUCAAUUUAUGAUGUUUCUUGGAAAAUUGAAUGAGGUAUGAUUUCAAAAAAGAAAUAAAAUAUGAUGCACAUAAAACAUCA